AAAUAGUAAAGAAUUUCACAAAUUAAGAGGAAUUCUGUCCCUCCCGGCCUAGUACUGCUCAUAAGAGCUCUUUCAAUUGCCGUUAUUGCUCCUGCCGCCGUGCACCGAAGGCCUGAAGUGAUGCGAACUGUGAUCCGAAUGGCGAGUAUUUUUCCGCACAUUGGAACCCACCGGAUUCCGCAGCUCCGCCGGGGGUUUUCGUGCUUUGCCGACGCUUCAUCGAAGGAUACUCCACAACCAUUCAACGAAUGUGAUGAAUUUAUGACAUGGCUAAGGAAGAAGACUGGCCUUGAGAUAUCAUCAGUGUUAUCUAUUGGAAAUUCUCGUUAUGGCAG